AUGGGACAUAGGCCACCAGCCAAUCCAUGGAGAAUGCCUUUUAAACAAAAGAAAGAUCCUCCGUUCAAAAAGCAAAAAACUGAACCACCUCUGGUGGGAGGACCUCCCAAAUCUGUUUAUAAAAGUGGAUUGUCCUCAACAACUCCCUCAAAGGGCAGGCCCUCAGCUUCCCCCGUGCCGUGUCUACCAGAGCAGUCUGGUGCAAGUGCAUCCCCAUUCGGAAGUGGUAAUCUUACUAAGGGCCAUGCAAAUGUAGAAGAUGCCAUGCCCACUCAAGCCAUGACCAAGGAGCAUGCUACUAUCUCUGAGAAAGAAAUGUCCAGCAGGCUGNUGAGUUUAUGCUUGUAG